CACGGAACUGAGUCAACGCAUUUUUCAGAUUCAAGAAGGGUAGGGCGCAGGGCGGCUGGCCCCCGCAAGAAGAGCGAUACAAGUCGGCUACUUCCCUAGCUGAACCGAUCGGCUAACGCAAUCAAUUGAUGCCUUCAGAUGAGAUUUAAGAUACUGCCGUGCAUUUAGUUGAUUUGACGCUAAUUCCCCGUUGGUCGUCCAAAGAUAACAACCCGACAAAAUGACAGAGUCUGCGGUGGCCGACACUCGCCGGUUGAAUUCCAAGCCCCAGGACCUGACGGAUGCUUACGGCCCCCCAAGCAAUUUUCUGGAAAUAGACGUUUAUGAUCCACAAAUCAUUGGAGUUGGACGGAGCCGUUACACAACUUACGAAGUUCGCAUGCGGACAAACCUUCCCAUUUUCAAACUGAAGGAUUCCUGCGUGAGAAGAAGAUACAGUGACUUUGAGUGGUUAAAGAAUGAGCUGGAAAGAGACAGUAAGAUUGUAGUACCACCUUUGCCGGGCAAAGCCCUGAAGAGACAGUUGCCAUUCCGCGGAGAUGAGGGCCUUUUUGAGGAGUCCUUCAUUGAGGAGCGGCGAUCAGGCCUGGAGCAGUUCAUCAACAGAAUUGCAGGUCACCCCUUGGCCCAGAACGAGCGCUGUCUUCACAUGUUUCUGCAAGAGGAAAGCAUUGACCGUAACUACAUUCCUGGAAAAGUACGACACUAGGGUUUACUGAGGGAGAUGGGCAUGUGGGGGUUAAACUCUGGGUUGUAGAGCGGACUGACUUGCCUUUCUCUUCCCACACAACUUCUCUUAAUCUAUCUCUCUCUCUCUCUCUCUCUCGCUCGCUCGCUCGCUCUCUCUCGCUCUCACUCUGUCUUUCUGCUUUAUCUGUCUUUUUUUCUCUUCUCUUCUCUUCUCUCUGUGUAUACCAUUGUAAAGUCAUAUUCACUUUAUCUUGGAGUUAGAGUAUGUUCUUCUACUAUACAUCAGGACAUGUUGAUUAUAAUGAUACAAUUCAGACAAACUCUGUGACUCCUCUCUCCCCUUGUGCAUUUGUUUUAUAACUGUACAAUAAGGAAAGCACCCCUCCAUAGUUGUGAUUGUAUCGUGAAGAUUUGGCUCUUAAUCACAAUUUUCAGGAAUGAAAGUAAUGUACGAUACAUUCAGUCUCUCCCCGAUGAGUGUCAUAUAUUCAUCACUGUAAUAUAAUGUGAAUAAAGUAGAAUAAUGUCUAAAUUUGUGUGUUGGCACUAAUGUGUACCAUAGGGAUGCAUGCAGACUGUAAAUGAGAGUUCUGAUCUUGUUUUGUUCUCUUUGUUUUUUGUUGUUGUUUUUUUAGGUAUGAAUGAAACAAUACAGACUGCUGCACCUGCCCCGUGUACAUUUAUUUCUACAUCACGUCAUUAUAAAGCUGGUGGAAAUGUCAGAACUGAUAAGUAUCAACGGUGUAGGAAAAAACACAACUAUUGCUCCUGGACAAAACUUAAAAGAGAUCCAAUGUAUAAAACAUUUGAUGUUGUGUCUUCAUUUCAGUCAUUCCACAUUGCUAUAUGUACAUUAUUUUUGAUUCAGUAAUCAGCGAAAGAGAAAACGUUCCAUAUAUCCUUUUGUCAUUAUAUCAUAGCUAGAAUUUUCUUUUUAUUUUUACAGCGAUGGUUUUCUGAAUGUCUUUUUAAUUGAUUUGAUCCAGGUUAAGAAAAAGAGGGUAAUUUCCUGCUUUGAUUCAUGUUUUCUUUUGCUAGCCGAGAUGUGAUUUUGAUGAUAACCUCCCAAAGUCAAGCAACAUGUAGCAUCAUGAAAAACACAGUGACAUGUCAUUCCAGUCAGUUUAUUUUCCGCCCCGAGUUUUAUGUUCUGGACAUACUCUAAGUCAGGAUGGUUUCAUGAUUAAUUGUUUUAACUCUGCUGUCUUAGUUACGUCAUCUUGUCUACAUCUUGGCUGUGUGUUGUCAAAUCAGCUAUUGGCAAUGUUAAGUUAGGUAAAAUAACCAUAUCUAAGCACUGUGACAAGAGGUUCAUUAUAUGAACAAUAUUUCAUUGUUUAAAGGCGUAAUCAGCAUCUGGUUUAUCGAUCUAAAAUAAGGAUUAUUCUGCGCUUAUUUUCAGCUGUUUUAUUCUUUUUAUCAAUAUUAUUGUGAAGUGUAUUAAUACAUGUUAUCAUCGCAGUUCCACUAUAUGGGUGACGAGGAACUUCCUUGUUACUUCUGUCCUCCCAAUUAAAUUUCCUGCUGCCUGCUG